UGAUGAUCUCUUUGCAUCACAAUAAAGAAGUGUAUUUGAUUGAUAUUUCAUCUUCUACAUCGAAAACGAAAGCAGUUUCUAAUGAAGCUCAGUAUCCGGAUUAUAUGGAAGUAUUGCAAAAUUGCACUAAAGAAAAUAAAAUUACCCUCGAAAGAUACAUUCAAGCAUCCAAGACUCGAAAUAACAAUGCCGAUAUCGAAUGUGUAGACGCUUGUAUGUUUAAGAUCUACAAGAUUUUAAAUCCAGAUGGCACUAUUGAUUUGCAAAAAGCUAUUGAGCAUUUAGUAACAAAUCGACCAGGAGUACAAAGAGAUGUUAUGCAAAAGAAUAUCGAACUAUGUAGUAUGAAAAAAGAGGAUAAUGAAUGCCAUACUGCUCGAAACUUAAUGAAUUGUGCUCUUGGUCAUUAAGACGUUCUUUAUCUUUAAGACAACAGAUAUAUACAUAUAUAAUUUUUAUUAUUAUAGAUAAUCAAUUA